UGUGUAGCUUUCUGUCUAUAUAAGCCUGGGUCUUUUCCUAUAUUGGUGCCUUUGUUUAGCUCCUUGCUAACCUCAGUCCUGUGAAGCUUUCACUAAAUAAAGCUCCCAGUGGUUACAGAGAAGGUCUAAGUGAAUUCUUUCACACUUGAACCAGCUUUCCCGACUCAAAACCUCAACAUAAAAUGGUGCCAAAACCUGGGAGUCCAACUAUUAAUUGGACUCCGCUGAUCUUCUCCUGGCCACUGGGAUAAGAGAUAAUUGUGAAAAAAUACAAUAUUAAAUAAAGAAGAGCUACCUAGACCUGAGGUCUGCUCUAAAGCCCAGGGGAUUCAUGGAUCAUUCAGAGGAGGCUAUGGAGGCAAACUAUAAAAAGAAGAACUCUUGAAGAUCAGUAUCUGCUUGGAAUAUUUCAGUCAUCUCUAUGCAUGUUACUGUGGGUAGAGCCAACAAGAGACCAUUCAUUGUUCUCCAGAUCCAGGAUCUCCAGGUACCUUAAUAUGACAGCACCAAGGUUCUUAUAACUUGAAUCUUAGGAAUUCCUCUAAGCCCCAUUGGAUACCAGUCUUCACGAUACAGCAAGGAUACCACAAGGAUUCAUCUUUGUUCUCCAGAUCCAGGCUGGCCCAUCCCUCAGUACAAUGGCACCUAAGGUUUUACAACUUCCAUCCUAGGAGUUCCUCUAAGCCCCACUGGAUGUCAGUCUUCACCACUACAGCAAGGAUACCACAAGGAUUCAGUACUUCCAUUCAUUGCAGCAUCAUAUCUGCUGAAUCUCCCAAGACAAAUGGUAUCCAGUGAGCUGAUCUUUGGUGUGUCAUUCUUCUUUCAAUGUGCCAUUGGUUUUGUAGGGAAUUCACUGCUGCUUAUGCUCUAUGUUUAUAUCUCCUUCAGAAAGCCUCAACAGAAGAAGCCAAUGGAUUUGAUUCUUGCUCAUUUGACUUUGGCCAAUAUGGUCACACUUUUUACCAGAGGCAUUCCAGAAAUCAUGUUUUGUUUUGGAAUGAGACAUUUUUUAGAUGAUGUAGGGUGUAAGGCACUCAUGUACUUUUACAGAGUUGCCCGGGGACUUUCUGUCUGCACAACAAGUCUUGUGAGUAUGUUCCAGGCCCUCAUCAUCAGUCCCAACAACUCUGUGUGGGCUAGUGUCAAAGUGAGAAGCCCCAAAUACAUUUUGCAUUAUUUUGUCUUUGUCUGGGUUGCCAAUGCAUUGAUCUUCAUCAGCGUCAUUCGAGACAGUGAAGCAACCAGAAAUGAAACAAAUGUUAGGUAUCGUUAUGCUACGCAUAUUUUUGUAGUAAGGUCAAUAAGAAAUGAGAGUCACAAUGCUGUUGCAUUUAUGUUUGGGAUGACUUUUCAUGACCUUAUCUUUCACUUCCUUAUGGGCUUGUCCAGUACCUAUAUGGUGCUUCUCCUCUAUAGACAUAGUAAGCAAGUGCAGCACAUUUACAGCAGCAGUCAUUCCCUUAAAUCCUUCCCUGAGGUCAAGGCCACACAGACUAUACUCUUGCUUGUGACCUGUUUUGUUUUGUUCUACUGGCUCCACAACUGUAUCAUCUUAUAUUUAACUUUUAAUUUUGAAAAAGAUGUUGAGUUGGAAACCAUUGCAAGCUUUUUUGGUGGAUGUUACCCUGCCCUCUCUCCAUUAUUGCUCAUUGGCAGUGACAGUCGUAUCCCAAAGCUUCAUUGUACACCUGGAAAGCCACAAAGGCCUCCUAAGGAUUUUAUGAAUGGCUUAGUCAACACAUAAACCUAAUCUUUUCCUAACAAUUCUAUGAAUUUCAAUAUUCCAGUCCUGAAAAGAAGAUAUGAUUCAACAACUAAGAAUUUUAAAAAAUAUCACAUGAAAAUUUAGCACUCUAUAACCAAACCUGAAAAGAAAUUUCUUUCUCUUUCACCUUUCAGUAUGAGAAAGAUCAGCAGGAAGAUUCAUGUUCUUUUCCAUAUACUUAUAUUAGAUAACAGUUCUAUCUUGUGUAAAUUAUAUCACCAUUACUGACCAUAUUAUACAUCUUUAUAAAAUGAAAGACUUGGAUGAAAUAUAUGUUACUUCCAGAAAGUCUACAUGAAUAGCUUGUAUUAAGUGCAUUGUAAUGAAUGUCAGCAGUAUUGGGUUUGUUUCCUUGCUCUUAUGAGAAUAACUAAUACUAAGACUUAGUAAAUGCCAGGCACUGGGGUAAGUGCAAAGGAUAUAAACAAAGGCACAAAUAUCAUUUGUUCCCUUAUGCAGAGAACACAUAUAAACAACUAUUGAAUUAUUGAAAAUAAGUAUUCAAUAUAAAUAAAUGCAAUCUCAGAAGGAAGAUAUUAGCAGCAUGGUAGAUUUCAAAUGGUCUUUUGCAGAGAAGGUGGGAUGGUAGUUGAGUCUUGAGGGAUGACAGAGCACCCAGGAGGUACAGGUAAGAAGAGAGAGAACUCAAGGUAGGGGAAAAACCAGGAAAAAGGAACAUCACCUGGAAAUGUAGUGUUUUGAGAAAAGAACACCAAGAUAUCUAGUGUCACUUGUAAGUGUGUAGAAUUAAGGUUUUUAAAUAUUUGAAAAGAUAGAAAGGGCCUAGGUUUUGAGGAGUUUUGAAUGUCAGAGGAUUUUUGUAUCUGAUCAGAAGUGGAUAGGGAGGAAAUGGAAUUUAUUGAAUAGAGCAUUUGACAUGAUCAGACAUGUACUUUAGGAAGAUAAAUUUAAUACCUGAGUGGAGGACGGACUGGUAUAGGGACAGACUUGGGACAGGGAAAUUAAGUAAUAGACUAUUACAAUAGUACAGGAAUGAGGUGAUCCAUACCUGCCUCAGGGUUGUAGCUUUUGAAGAUGGGAGAAGGGUAAAUAUUCAAGAGAUAUUAAAAUAAAACCUAAAACAUUUGGCAACCUACUGUGUGUGGCAGGAGAGAGAGAGUGAGGAGUUGUGGGUAGUAUCUAACUCUGGCUUAUGAGGCUGGUUAAGUGGGAGGAUGGUGCUGUCUUCAACAGUGAUGAGGUAUAAAAAAGGAAAGUUUGGGAAGAAAGAUGGUAAGUUCAGUUUGGACAUGUUGGGUUUAAGGUAUGUGUACUGACACCUAGUUCAAGAUGUCUAAUUAGCAGUUGGAGAUGUGAGUCUUGAUAUUAGGUUGAAGUGUAUGGCUGGUUAAGUGAAAAUAAGAAAUAUUAGAUGUCAUAACUGAAUCACUGGGAGCUAAGAUCAUCUAUGAAAUCAAAUAUAGAGUGAAGAGAAGAGGCCCCAGGACAGAGUCCUGCUAGAUGGCCAACUAAUUGGAUAUGAAAUAUUCAAGAAAAGAGUUUGAGAAGAACUAAUCAUACAGGUCGGAUGAGAACCAGGAGAGCAGGUCAUGAAAACCUGGAGAGAAGAGAAUGUCAAAGAAGGGAGGGUGAUUUUGACACCAUCAGAAGCAGCAGAGGAGUCCAGAAGAGUUUGAGUAUUGAUUAUUGAGUAUUGUUUAUAUUAGUAUUGAGAAAAGGCCAGUGGAUUUAACAAUUAAAAGAUUAAUAGAGAAUACUUUCAUUUGAAUGAUUAGAUCAGGAACUAGAAUUGCGGAGAUAUAAAAACAGAGAGAGGAAAGGAAGUGGAGAAAGACUUCUCUAAUGUAGAAUGUCUUCUCAAGAAGUUUAGUUGCUAAAGAGAGGAGGGAUGUGGCAAAAUAGAUAGAAGGAACUGAUGGACCAAGGGAUAUAUAAUUUUUAUUUUUUAGCAUGAAGGAAUCUUGGAUGGAGCCAUAGGAGUAACAAAACAUCCAGCAGACAGGGUGAGAUUGAGGAAAAGUGAGUGAGGAUGACAGAGGGCACAAUAUGUUAGACAAGCCAGAUUGAAUGGGAUCGGUUGUGCAUGUAGAGGGGUUUGCCUUGGCAAGGAGAAAGGUUGUAUCGUUAUGUGAGUCUAGGUUUAAGGAAGAGAUACAGGCAAAAGACAUUUAAGUAAUAUGAGAUGAAGGGAGAGAAUAGCUCAAAAGAGCUUUCAGUGAAUGACCUUUAUUUUUUCAGUGAAAUAUCAGGUAAAGUUCUCAUCAGUGAGUGUGGGGUAUAGUCUCUUUGGAAUUACAGGGCCCAUAAAGGAAAGAGUGAAGUGGCAAAGACAAGCAUUAAAACAGGGCGGAGAAAAGUUGAAAUCUCUAUUUAGUUAUGGAACAAUGUCCCUGUGAAAAAUGUUCCCACGGGAAGAGAGAUAUUCUUUAAGAGGACACAGAGAAAUUCCAAGUGGUUGAAUCCACAGAGAUUUGGUGCCUAGCAUGCAGUGCCUCCAUGGACAGUUUCUUUCCUAAUUAGUAUGAGAUUGAGAACUCUGACAGGUGAUUUACCCCCAAAAAAAGGUGAGUUAACCUGCACCAAUAAAGAAGAUUUUAGAACAUAUGGGGAAAGAAAUAAUCAUGGAAAGAGAGAGGCAUUAUCAAAUAUUGACAUAUUUUUACUCUGGGAUAAUAUUUCUAUAUUUUCUGUUUUAGCAAUAACAGAAAUUGUUUAGAAGAGGAAACUUAAAAUAUGAGCAUUAGAAACUUUAAUUGUUUAAGGAAUACAGAGAUUAAAGAAGGGAUAAAUAAGUAUUAUAUUCAUUCAUCCAAGAAUUAAAUAUCAAGAGUAGAUAAAAAGGGAUGAGAAUGAAAGAACUCACAAAGUGAAAUAAAUCCUGUUUAGAAAAAAUAUACAGGAAAUGAGAAUAAAAUCUAACAAAACACAUUGCAGAAGUUGGUAGGAAGAAGAAUUUUAUCUGAUUGCUAAACAGAAAGAAAAGAGUAACAAUUAAAUAAUUAGUUAAAAGGGAAAAAAUGAAUUAAUAAAUUACACAAUAUUUCCAUAGUAGGCAGAAGGAUAAGAAGGUAAGUUUAAUGUGGAGACAAAGAGGUACCAUAAGAAUUGCCUUAAGAUGGAUUAAGGACAAUUCCUUGAGUAAACAAAUUACUGUCUUUACAAGAGGAAAUGAAACAAAACAUCCUGACCCAGAGAAAGACACAAUAUGUGAAACAAAUGGGGAAAACAUAAACUUUACUUUUACAAUAUUUAAUGUACAUCCAUUGAACAAUGACUAAAAUGGAAAAUGACACAGAAUAAGAAAAUAAAUUCCCACAGUCUGCUACUUUUAUAAGAAAUACUCACCAAAACAGACAUAUGGAAAUUAAUCAUGAGGGCCUAGAAGAAAGUUUAUUCUACAUCAAGUUAAUAUAAAAAAAAAGUAGGAGCUGGAACCUUUCUAUCAGGAAAAGCAAAACCAAAAAUUUACAACAUACACUUUUUUUGUGAAAUGUGCAUGUUAAAGCCGUUUCAGGGGUAUGGUAGUUAUGAGGAACGUAUGCCAACUGGUGAGUCAAAGUAGCAAGAUGAACAACCAGAUGUGUCUUGUUAAACCAGUGGCUGCUGAAGAAAAAUCAACAGUGAUGGCAGCAAUUGCAAGUAUGUGAGUUACACUAUGUGAUGGUAGAAAGGCAGAUCAUUCACAAAGGGGGUGCCAACCCCAAGGAAUAGGGAGAAGGUAACUGACAUCCAAUUGAUCUCACAAUCAUAAAUGGUAGGGUCCUCAAGGUACUGUUUUUCAGCAAUUCUUAUCACUCAUAUUUUGUAGGAACUGUUUUCUGAAUGUCCUGGGAGGGAUAUGGGAGUAGAUUAAUCCAUUUAGGAGAUGUUUCCUUUAACCAUUGGUUUUUUUAAUUUGCCAUUUGUAACAAAAUAAGGUGGUUUUAAGUGCAUAGCAUUUGGUUGUUUAGAGAAGAGAAAUUGAAACCCAUAAAGUACAACAAUACAUAGUCCUCUUCUUAUGAUAUCACAGAGAAAUAUGUGUAAGGGAAGGCACAAGACAAAGAGUAUUAAUUCUUGUAGAACCAUGUAAAGUAUACACACAUGUGGAGUAUGUGUCACAACAUACUUCAUCCAUGUGUGUUCAAGCCUUUGAUAAUGGAUUAUGUAUUGCUGCCAGGGUGAUAUUCGUAAUGCAUACAUUUGAUAGUAUCACUCAACUUCUAAAUAAAAUAAUGAAUAAAAAAUAUCCAGUGGUUGCCUUUUACCUCUAAGAUGAUGUCCAAAUCCAAAUCAAAUGCAAAUACAAAUAUCCAUUCAUACAUAGCUGCUACCGACCUCCCCUUGACACAUUCUGCAAUCAGUUGAUCAAUGAACUUCUUUAUGCCAGUCACUCUUAAAGAUACAGA